UGGUUUCCAGAGUGAAGAGAACAGAGAAAUAUCGAGAUGGCUAACGGAGAAGAAGGAAGCAUCUUGAAAGCUCUUGACGUUGCGAAGACUCAAUGGUACCAUUUCACGGCUGUUGUAGUCGCCGGUAUGGGUUUUUUCACAGACUCGUAUGAUCUCUUCGUGAUAUCUCUCAUCACGAAGCUACUUGGCCGGAUCUACUAUCAGGUUCCUGGCUCCUCCUCUCCUGGAAGCCUCCCUGACGGCAUCUCUGCCGCCGUGAGCGGUGUAGCCUUCGCCGGAACGUUUCUGGGACAGAUUUUUUUUGGAUGUCUUGGUGACAAGCUCGGACGUAAGAGAGUCUAUGGUUUGACACUCUUGAUCAUGACCAUUUGCUCCAUUGGUUCUGGUCUUUCUCUUGGAAACGACCCGAAAACCGUCAUGGUAACUCUCUGCUUCUUUCGUUUCUGGCUCGGGUUUGGCAUCGGUGGUGAUUAUCCUCUCUCGGCUACGAUCAUGUCCGAGUACGCUAACAAACGUACUCGGGGCGCGUUCAUAGCAGCUGUUUUUGGUAUGCAAGGAGUUGGGAUACUUGCUGCAGGAGCGGUUUCUUUACUUGUCUCGUAUAUUUUCGAGAUUAAGUUUCCGUCUCGGGCCUAUAUAUUGGACGGCGCAGCCUCCACCGUUCCACAGGCGGAUUACGUGUGGAGGAUCAUCCUGAUGGUCGGAGCCUUACCGGCUCUCUUGACAUACUACUGGCGUAUGAAGAUGCCUGAAACUGCUCGUUACACCGCUCUAGUCGCCAAGAACGCGGAGCAAGCGGCUUCGGAUAUGACUAAGGUUCUCAACGUAGACAUUGAAGCCUCUUCCGCAAAACAUGACCAAGCUAGGGUUUCCAAAGACGAGUUUGGCUUGUUUUCCAAGAAAUUCCUUCGCCGUCACGGAUUUAACCUAUUCGGAACAGCCGCUACAUGGUUCCUCCUCGACAUCGCUUUCUACAGCCAAAACUUGUUCCAGAAGGAUAUCUUCACCACCAUCGGAUGGUUACCUUCGGCUAAAACCAUGAACGCAAUCCAAGAGCUCUUCAUGAUCGCCAAGGCUCAAACCAUAAUCGCUUGUUGCAGUACCGUUCCUGGUUACAUUGCCACUAUAGUUUUAAUCGACAGAUUGGGACGGUACUGGAUUCAGAUCAUUGGAUUCGCCAUGAUGACCGUUUUCAUGUUGGUUUUAGCCAUACCGUACCACCAUUGGACUUUACCGGCUAACCGGAUUGGUUUUGUGGUUUUCUACUCUCUCACCUUUUUCUUCUCCAAUUUUGGACCUAACGCAACUACGUUCAUUGUCCCGGCUGAGAUUUUUCCGGCGAGGAUUAGGUCUACUUGUCACGGUAUCUCGGCCGCGUCAGGUAAAGCCGGUGCGAUGGUCGGUUCUUUCGGGUUUGCUGCGUUGGUUAAGGCUUUGGGUAUGAGUAAUACGUUAUACAUCAUGGCUGUAAUCAAUUGUGCUGGCUUCCUUAUCACGUUAGUUGCAAUUCCAGAGCCUAAGGGGAUAUCACUUGAGGAGCUUACGGGCGAAACUAAACCGGAGAAAGUCCAGGACAAGAUCGUUGUUUAGAUUUUUAUUUUCUUUUUGUUUUGCUUCAUUAUCGUAUUUUUGUUAGGAUUUUUUGUGUUUUAUGACUUUGUCAGAUUUUUAGAUCUUUUUUUUUAGAUUCUAUUGUCUCUCGCUGAGUUUUCAUUAAUCAGUUUUUUAUAUCAUAAAUAAAAACUGUUAUUAAUU